CCCUCCAACAUCCGUACGAAAAUUGUGGCUAACUUCAACUCGUCAAUAAGCACGCGUUGUGCCUGAAUCCAUACGGGUGCAGCGUAAGGUGUACCCGGCACUUACGGGGAGCUCAGCGAAGAUUUUUCGAAGCUUGACUAAUUUUUUUAUUACGUAUAUUGUACGUUAUCGCAGCCUGCAUGCACUGCUCGCAUUGGAUUGAACUGAGACGUGAAUAACCACUGUUGCAAUGGCGAACAUAAACUGGGAGGCGGAAAUCCAAAAGCAGGAAAACAAGGUGAAGAACCUCGGGAUUGGAGAUGAAGCGCCCCCUACAGUCUCUCAGGCCGCCGCUCCUCCAAGCACUGCUCCGUCAGCCUCAGCUCCCCCUCCCAAUCCGGCUGCUGUAGCACCAGAAGAGAAGGAAGAUGAUGCUAAGGAAGCAGCUGAAGCAUCCCUUCUCAACGUAGCUCUUCAUUCCCGCCUGAUCCAACACACGGCGAGCUCUCAGCUUGAAGUCCAACAGAAGGACCCCAAUUCUCCGCUUCAUUCCGUCAAAUCAUUCGAAGAACUCCGCUUGAAACAGGCACUUCUGAAAGGAGUAUAUGAGAUGGGGUUCAAUGCUCCAUCCAAGAUUCAGGAAACGGCACUCCCUCUUCUUAUGGCUGAUCCGCCCAAGAACAUGAUAGCACAAUCUCAGAGUGGUACCGGAAAAACGGCAGCCUUUGUAUUAACUAUGCUCAGUAGAGUAGAUAACAACCAAUACCCACAGGCUCUUUGUUUAGCACCCACUUAUGAACUAGCCAGACAAAUAGGAAAGGUCGUAGAAGAGAUGGGGAAACAUCUUCCUGAAGUUAGUGUUAGGUAUGCAGUCAGAGGACAAAAAGUUGCACGGGGAGAGAAGGUCACACAACAGAUCAUCAUAGGAACACCUGGUACAACCCUUGACUGGUGUUUGAAGUUCCGAAGCAUAGACCUAUCAAGGAUGAAGGUGUUCUGUCUUGAUGAAGCUGAUGUGAUGAUUGCGACGCAAGGGCACCAAGACCAAAGUAUCCGCAUCCAGAAGAAACUUCCAAGCUCGUGCCAAAUGAUGCUGUUCUCCGCCACCUACGACAACACUGUCAUGAAGUUUGCAACAACGGUCGUGCCGGAUCCCGUGGUCAUACGGCUGCGUCGGGAGGAAGAAAGUCUUUCCAACAUCAAACAGUACUACGUCUUGUGUUCAAACAAGGAAGAGAAAGCUGAAUCCUUGUCAAACAUCUACGGCACUAUCACUAUUGGUCAGGCAAUGAUCUUCUGCCAGACAAAACGAAAUGCCAACUGGCUCGCAGAGAGGAUGACACAAGAAGGACAUGCGGUGGCGCUGUUGAGUGGUGAGCUGACGGUGGAACAGCGAGUAGCAGUUCUUGAGCGGUAUAGAGCGGGGAAAGAGAAGAUCUUGAUCACGACUAACGUCAUGGCCAGAGGUAUUGAUAUCGAGCAGGUCACCGUUGUGGUGAACUUUGACCUUCCAGUUGACGUUAAUGGACAAGCUGAUUGUGAGACCUAUUUGCAUCGAAUCGGACGAACUGGACGCUUUGGCAAGUCGGGUCUAGCAAUCAACUUUGUAGAUGGACGUAGGAGUAUGGAGAUCAUGAACAAUAUCCAGGAACAUUUUGGCCGAAAGAUUGAGAGGUUAUACACAGACGAUGCAGAAGAGAUUGAGAAGAUAGUUUGAUCACUGCAUUCAACAGUCACCUGAUCUCCACACACAACGGUCACCUGAUCACUGCAACCAGGUCACCUGACAAAUGGUUAUUAGUUUCCAAAUAAUACACAUUACUUAUGGUGUUGGUGAGAGAGUUUAACAGGAUAAUGACUUGGAACCUUGCUGACUCUUUCUUAGCCAAAAUAAACAUGUUUUAGACGAUUUAGACAUCUCUUUUCAGACAAAAUUCUGAAUACUACCCCAAGGAUGGCCAUGUAUUUCAGGCCAUCAUAAAGACUUCUUUUGUGGAAAUUGGUUGAUUUUACAUGAUUUUCAAGAUUUGGGCUCCAUGCAAACUGUCAGCUCAGCGCCCACCUGAAUAAUGUGCAUUAUUUGAGGUGUAAAUUGAUAACAUGAAUCGUUGUGUGAUGAUGUUAGAUACAGUGGCCCAUAUUCUGAAGUCAGGUUUAACUUAAACUUAGGUUUAAAGUUGUGGUUUAAGUAUGGAUAGCCAAUUGCUGCAUAAAUCACAAAGGGCAGAGAUAUCAUAUUUCAACUCAUUUGGCUCUCAAAUCAUUCAUAAUUGUCUAGGAAGUAUACAUAGAUGAUUGACUUCACCAUUGAUGAAUCAGGAGAGAGAGCACAGUAAUAUAUAAGUAGCAUAUACUUAAAUAAUACAAAUUUUGACACUUUUGGCUUCCCAUAAUUCUAGUACAGAGUUAGACCAUGGUCUAGGUUAAACCUGACUUCAGAAUACGGGCUAUUGAAUGUCCUGCAUUGCGCAAUCCAAAUGCAAAUAACACGCAAACAAUAUGUGUAAUUAACCCAUUGAGUACAGAAGCCUGUAAUGUAUACAGGUACAUACACUUGGCGAGGGACAGUGGGUUACUGCACAAUUUUGAAACGAUCCCCACUCUGAAUGUCAAGUUUUAGCGCACUUUGUAAUACCAGAGCCCUGUUGCAUAUAUAGUUACUAUUAUGGUACCUUUGCCAUUCAAUGGUAACAAGGCUCAACAGCCAAUCAGAAUCAAGGAUUCCAUGAAAGAUACAACUGGAAGGCAGAUUACUAUUACAGUAAACAAAUAUGUCAGGCUUUGAGAAAGUAUAGUGGAAUUAUUUAUCCAAGGUUGGUCUGGCAAUUACUAUUUGUCUCGAAGCCCCAAGGGAAAUAUAGUAGUUUUGCCAGUCAACCGAGGAUUAUUAAUUCCCACUAUGCUUUCGAUUGAAACGCCUGAUAUAUUUGUUUUAUAUCCUACUUUUAGUAAUUUAUAACCAAAAUCUAUGUGCUGAGCUUGCAAAGUCCGGUUACUUGAGUUGAAUUACCUACUUU